AUGAAUAUAUCAAAUCAAUCAUCGGGUGGAAUUGAAAUAAUAUUAUUUGGAAUAUUUCUUAGUCUUAUUGCUUUAAUAACUUCAAUUGGAAAUAUUAUUGUAUUAAUGGCAUUUUAUUUUGAUAAACAAUUACGAACAAUAAAUGAUUAUUUUAUAUUAAAUAUGGCUAUCGCUGAUUUUCUUGUUGGUUUUAUUUGUAUUCCAUUUUAUAUUCCAUUCAGUCUUACUCAAAUUUGGCCAUUUGGACGAUUUUUUUGUAAAAUUUGGGUAACAAUUGAUGAUGUAUCAACAAUGGCAAGUGUAAUUAAUAUUGUAGCAAUUAGUAUAAAUCGUUAUUGGUCAAUCGCUUAUCCAAUUUCUUAUAGAAAAUAUGCGAGAUUAAAUUUUGUUUAUUUAUCUAUGGGAUUUAUUUGGUUUCUUUCAUUUAUUAAUUUUGCUCCUGGAAUUUGGUUAAUUAGUUUCUUUAUUAAAAUCAAUGAAAGUGGGAAUGAAUGUUUAGGUGAUUAUAAUCAGUCAGUUGUUUAUAUGAUAAUUGCCCAAUUUAAUUAUUUUAUUUGGCCAUUUCUUCUUUUAUGUUUAUUUAAUAUUUUAAUUAUGUUAAAUAUAUGGAAAAGAACAAAAAAAAUGGAUCGUUCAAAACAUUUUAUUAAGAAUAAAUCAUCAUUGAAAUUUCAAAUAAAUAAACAAGAAAAAACUUAUUCAAGUUGUAAUUCAUUAGUUAUAAAUCAACAAGAUUUUGAAAAAAAAGAACAAGAACAAUAUAAAUCAUCAUUGGAUUGUCCAGAAGGUACAACAACAUAUUUAACAUCUUCUAUUGAACAAUAUUCAUCUUAUAUCAAAACUCAACAAACAAAUUCUUUAAAUUCAUCAAUUAAAUCAACAACUACAACUAAAGAUCAUUGUUUAUCAUCUCCAUUGAUUUUAUCUCGAACAUAUUCGAAUUUAAAUUUAAAAACUUCUUCAGUUUAUUCAACUGUUGAUUAUCCAUAUUCAUCUCAAAUUCCAUUAAAUCAAUCGAAAUCAAAUAUUCGAUUAAAUCAAAGAGAUUUAAGAAUUGCUCGUGAUAAAAAAGCAGCUCGAUCUUUAUUUAUUCUUGUUAUUGUAUUUUUAAUCUUUUUAUUUCCAUAUGUAACAUGUGCAGUAGCAUCAACAGCUGGUUUUAAUAUUUCUUCAAAAUUAAUGCAAAUUUCAUUUUGGUUAUUAUGGCUUAAUUCAACAUUUAAUCCAUUUCUUUAUCCAUUUAUUCAAAUUAAAUAUCGACGAGCUUAUUCAAAAUUAUUUCAAUCUUUUUUAAAAUAUUUUCAUAUUAAACAAUAA